AGUUAAAUUUCCCUAAACCGUGAGCGGCGGCGUCCCGCCCUCUUCUGAAACCCUGCGACGUGCGUCCGCUCUUCCGGUGCCGUCGUGCGCCUCUAGCCUUCUUCCGAUGCCGAAAAGAGCUACCCAAAAACCCUCGCUGUCAAGACAGCCUGUUGCAGCUGUCGUGGAUCUAAAAUCUAUAAUCCAUGAACACUCUCUUUUCUUCGAUCGCCUCGUCGACUUGAUUCCCGCCCGGUUCUACGUCCCUGCCCCCGACAGCGACGAAAGGCCGUGGUUCCAUGGCCUCAGUAAGUCGGCGAAGUCCAGCGCCAAGAAAGAGUCCCGCGAGAACAUCAAGAAAGCUCGACGUGCCCGCUACGAUCCGGAGAGAACCGCAUCCACACUCGAUCUUCUCAAAAAAACCAUCGACGACGAGAAGAAAUCGCUGGCCGCUUUAGAUGAAGAAAAUCCUAUCUCCGACGGUGACAGCGGCAGCGAUCACGAGGCCGAGGUGGAGGACCCUCGCCCUGUCGUUUCCGGCAACCGGUCAGUCACGUACGAGGAACUUCGUCAUCGUCUCCAUCGACGGAUCGAAGAGCUCCGUGGAAAUCGCAACACUCGGACGUAUGAUAUCCCCAAGGGAGAGAAGAGAGAUAAGAGGAAAAAGAGUAAGAUGCAGAAUAGUAAAGGAGGGGAUGCUUCUCAAGGUAAGCGGAAGAGAGAUGAGGCGUCUGGGAAGGAUAGCCAUGAUGAUGCUAUGAAAAAAAAGGAGAACAAGAGCGCAAAGUUAGAUGACAUCUCUUACGGUCAGGUAAAGUUAGCGGGGGUGGAGGAGAGGGGAAGGAAAAAGAGGAAAUUUUCAAAGCAGCAAGAGCUUGACAAGGCUAAAAAAUUGGAGGAGGCUAAGAAGGAUCCUGAGAAAGGGAAGACGAUUGCUGAGAAGCAUUUGUGGAGGGCAGCGAUGAGUAGGGCUGUGGGGGAGAAGAUUCAUGAUGACCCCAAAGUGCUGCGGCAGAGCUUAAAGAAGGAGCAGAAGAGGCAUAAAAAACAUGCGGAGAAGUGGAAGGAUAGGAUUGGGAGUCAGAAUAAGGCUAGAGAGGAGAAACAGAAGACUAGGACUGAGAAUAUAAGGGAGAGGAUUCAACAAAAGAAGAUGAGGAGGAUUGAGAAGAGAGAGAAGAAGCUCAUGCGUCCAGGAUUUGAGGGCCGCAAGGAUGGGUAUAUCAAUGAGUGAGGUAAGGCUUAUAGGAUCUAAUGCGAAGUAGUCUGAUCAUAGUGGUGAUGGUUGCUGAUAGCGAUGAUCAGAAGAUUAGGUGGCCGAUGGGUUAGAUGUCAAAGACUCGCAAUUCAAUCUUCAAUGGAGGGAUGCGAAAAAUGGUAGCAUUUGCUUAUAAUGAUGAUUUAGUCUAGAGGAUUGAGGGCUAUCUUAAGAACUUGAUAUUCCUCCCUUAUGAUUGUUUAUAUCUUUCAUGAAGGGUGUUUUACCCCUCACUUAGGAUAUUAUUUGUAGUCAUUAUCAUUGAAUUAAUGAGAUUGCACUCUUCUAUGAUUAAAUUAUGAUUGAAUGAUGAUUCAGACUUC